AUGAGGGCAGCAACCAUCGCCGGCUUCUUCCUGCCGCUCGCCGCCAGCAUAGCUCUCCCUCGUCCAGACAAAGUAGACUAUGAAGGUUACAAAGUCUUCCGCCUCAACACCGAGCACGGCUUGGCACAAGUACAGGAAAAGCUCUCGACGAUCAACUUCGAUCAAUGGAAUAUCGAUAGUUCUCGCCACAUCGACAUCUCUGUCUCGCCAGAGCAGCUGGCAGCGUUUGAGGCUUUAGGUCUUGAUUUCCAUGUCAUGCAUGAGAACUUGGGACGGUCACUUGCGGAGGAGUCAGCUGUCAAGUCCAAGUAUAAGCGCCAGAUCAACGAUGACGCAUGGUUCGAUCAGUACCAUCCUUACGCCGACCACGAGCAGUACUUCAAGGACCUACAGGCAGCCUUGCCAGACAAUUCCGAAUUUAUCACAUAUGGCAAAUCAUACGAGGGACGCGACAUGUUCGGCUUGCAUUUGUACGGAGUAGAUGGACCAGGAAAGCCCGCUGUACUUUAUCACGGCACAGUACAUGCUCGAGAAUGGAUCACUGCCAUGGUCAUCGAGUACAUCACCCUCCAGCUUGUGACAGGCUAUGGCGUCGACAACGUGACUACGUCUUUUCUCGACCGGUACGAUUUCUACAUUCUGCCGUUCGUCAACCCUGAUGGCUUCGUAUACACUCAAGAAGUUCAGCGUUUGUGGCGAAAGAACCGCAUGCCGCCGCCCCCACCACCUGCCAAUCAGAGCUGCUUCGGUCUCGAUGUGAACAGGAAUUGGGACCAGGAAUGGGAUGGCAACCCAUUGGGCGCAUCUCCAAACCCGUGCAGUCAGACUUAUCGAGGCGAAUAUCCGUCAAGCAGCCCCGAAAACCAAGCCUUGACAGCUCUGGCCGACAAGCUCGGCGCCGGCGCAGGCAUCAAGCUCUUCAUCUGCACAACCUCCGCCCCAUGCAUCCAAAAUCCGCCGUCCCCACGCGCACCUCCCCCAACUAACUCCAUACCACACAGAUUCGACUGGCACUCCUACGGCCAAUACAUCCUCUACCCCUGGGGCCACAAUUGCACCCUCUGGCACUCCUCCUCCGGCGCCCACCAACAACUCGCCGCCCUCACCGGUGACGCCAUCCGCACCGGCGCAAACGGCACUACCUUCACUUUCGGCCCCUCCUGCUCCACCCUCUACGCCACAACGGGCAGCUCGAUCGACUACGUGUUUGCCAAAGCCGGCGCGAAGUAUAGCUAUACGAUCGAGUUGAGGGAUACGGGUGAUUACGGGUUUGUGCUGCCGCCGGCGCAGAUUAGGGGCGCGGCGGAGGAGCAGUGGGUUGGGCAGCAGGUUAUGCUGAGUUUGCUGGAUGAGGUGUUGUUUGAUGGGGAGGGGCCUGCUUGA